UAAACUUGGGAGACUUGUGUCCACUCCCCUCAGUCAGUAUGACGAUCAGCCUUAGACUACUACCUGCUAUAGCAGGAGCUAUCACGCUUCUUCCUCUCGCCGUUUGUGCCCCCCCUCUCGCCUCUGUGCCCCUUACAAUGACUCGUCUUGCAAAACACAGCAAAGCAGAACAAAACAAUCAUCUGGAGAGCAGUAUACGAGGUAACGCGAUUGACACUACAGAAGAUCUACCUGCAAGUCACCAAGAAAACACUGCUCCCUCGGGACACCUUUCGCCCCCCUAUCUGGAGAGGAUAAAAGAGCGCAUUCUCUCCAAGAUGCAGCUCUCCGAAGAACCGAAAGUCAAUCAGCGCUUGGUAAACUUGCCAGAUGUGAUAAAGGAACGCUUCUCGGAGUUGAUAUCCCCGCAGCCCUCCACGGAAGCCCCGCCAACGCUCGAAAAGGCGUCCAUCCUCCUCGCUUCAGCAAUAGUGCCAUGCCGGGGUCAACAUGGCGCCCUCUGUCUGAGCUUCAAGUUGGAGGACGCCUUGGAGCAGGACUUCGCCAGUGCCACGCUUUGGUUCUGGAAGGCGAGAGGACAGAGAGUCAGUUCCAACAAUUUCAUCGUGAAGGAGGUUCUGUCGCACGGACGCAAAAAUUUGUUGACCAACGAGACGAUGAGCGAGACUGCGGACGGCUGGAUGAAGGUGGACUUGAGCGCGGCUGCGAAGCGGUGGACUCGGGAGGCGCGGCAGGACGUGAAGCUGAAAGUGUGGUGUUCCACUUGCACUCACCACGCCCUCAGGUCCCAGGCGACUGACCACAUGCCCUUCAUCGUCAUUGCUGCCACGGAGACAAAUACCCGCAAGCAACGACGAUCUGUGGAGCGGGAAUGUUCAGGGGAGAACGAGAGUCGCUGCUGUCGGGAAGCAAUACAGAUCAAUGUGAAGGAGAUGGGCUGGAGCCACUGGCUCCACCAUCCAGAGACCUUCACCUUCUACUACUGUCACGGCUCCUGCCAGGCUGCCCCCAUCACAGCAAGGACUCCCACUGGCUCGGAAUACAACAACGUCAAGCAGGCCCUGAUGCUGCAAGCUGAAUCACCUGCACCCAAAGACGAGCUGGAGCCGUGUUGCUCCCCGACCUCCUAUUACACCAUGAGCAUCAUCUACUCCUUGGGAGACCGCCUCGAGGUGAGGGACGUGCCAGACCUGCAGGUGCGCUCCUGUGGUUGCCGAGACUAAACAGCGUUACACGGCUGUUCAAAAUAGUGAGAUGGAAUCACUUCCUCAACAGUAUUUUAACGCUUGAGUGUCUUUGGGACCAAGAAACUCCUACGUAUCGGUGGUGCACUUAAACGGUGUCCUGUUAAAGGAACUCCAUUUGACAUGCUCAAACUAGGUAUGAUAUCUACGUGUCUUCUAAUUAUAUUUUUACUUCUCUUUUUUUGUAAGUUGUUACAUAAAAUUCAAAUUAUUCAUAGUACGUCAAACCUGUUGGUGCAACCAUCGAAUGAAGGAAGGGACCGAACGCUCGAGCAUGCUCUACCUCUAGACACCGAUAUUUUGCAGUGCAAUUUGAUAGUUAAUGAAAGAAGACGAUCGUUGGCUGUGGUUCACAAUGUGCAUGUUCCUGGUGUACGAAUCUCUUCCUUGUCCCUUCCACACCCCAGUGCCAAUAUCUUGUCCUUUGAUUAAGGUGUAGUUUUAUUAUUUAUUUUCAAAUCAUUUUACAUUGUAGAAUAAGGACCAACACAUAAAAUCAUUGUAAGGCAUUUCCAUUGUCGAAUUCAUUUCAAUUUGCAUUACCACUGUCAGCUUUUCAUUACAAUUCGUAUAGCUGUGACCUCCUCCUCCUCUCUCUCUCUCUCUCUCUCUCUCUCUCUCUCUCUCUCUCUCUCUCUCUCUCUCUCUCACACACACACACACACACACACACACACACACUACCACGCCCACAUGCAUGCACACACAAAAGCACGCACACACAGAGGCACGCACACACAUGCAGAGGCACCCACACACAGAAGCACGCACAUACUUUUAACCCUAUUAUUAUUUUCACCGCUCCCCAUUGCCCCCCCCCAAAAAAAAAAAUAUAGGAAAUGACACACACACACACACACACACACACACACACACACACACACACACACACACACACAGUUGUUAUUCCCCCUUAGACUGAACAUGAUAAAAAACAAAAGUAAUGAAAGUAACAUGUAAAUAAUUUAUGUACAUAGUUUUCACGUAGCACGUAGCCCGGCCCUGAGCAGUGAAAUUUAUGGAUGUCACAUGAGAAACAAAUUAUACGGAGUAUAUUGAGACCUGUUGCCAUCUUUGUGAGAAUGUCCAUGCAUAAUAUUUUUAGAAUCGUCGUAUAUUUUCCGUGACCUUUCCUCUGUGUGUGUGUGUGUGUGUGUGUGUGUGUGUGUGUGUCUCUCUCUCUCUCUCUCUCUCUCUCUCUCUCUCUCAAUGUUCACUACCGAGUCAGAGGCAAGGAGUGAGUGAGCCGUCCCCCCUGAGUCGCCGCAGCCGGUGCCGUGUCCUCAAGAUGAGUAGCUACACACAUCGCGUCGUUGUGUAUAUUCUCGAAUGAGUUUUGGUAUGCGAGUUUUGUACGGUAUUUAUUAAAAUAAAUAUUAAUAUUGAUGUGUCUUUUCAUGCUUAUUUUAAAGAGAAUCAAUAUGUAUCGUGUGCUAUAAUAUGAUGCAAGUUAAAU